AUGGGAAAUGGCAGGCAGAUGUGCAGGGAACCUCAGAACCAAAGGCCUGCUCAGAGCAGGCGGGAAGCUGGAGUCAAGGAGCCAGAGAUGGGCAUCGCCAAAGGCUGCCGGACUGAAAGGCCAGGGCUGACAUUGAAAGACAAGAUCCAGGCUGGAGUGCAGUGGCACCAUCUCAGCUCACUACAACCUCCACCUCCUGGAUUCAAGCAAUUCUCCUGCCUUAGCCUCCUGAGUAGCUGGGACUAUAAGAGUGUGCCGCCAUGCCUGGCCAAUUUUUGUAUUUUUUUAGAGACGAGGUUUCGCCAUGUUGGCCAGACUGGUCUCAAACUCCUGACCUCAGGUGAUCCGCCCUCCUUGGUCAAGUUCUGGAACACUGGGCUAUUGCAGCAGUUGUCCCGCUGGCUGGCUGGAGGUGUGUGA